GCUGUAGGAAUGUGGCACUUUUAAAAGUUCUACUAAUUUUCGCCUUUACACUCCGCUUUCUCUCAGUCAGCUACCAUGGCAACAGACGAAGACUUAUCAUAUUCUGACGAUGCAUUUGAAGGGGAAGACAAAGAAGAUACAGAUAUGCUAAACUCAGCAGAAACUUACAACGACUACCAUCAACAAAUACUUUUUUAUCGCAAUUUUGACUCAGUUUCAGGACGAAGUCUUCAAAGACCUAAAACAAGAAGAAGACGAUGGACUCAGCGAGACAUGACAAACGCGUACAACGCAGUCAAGUAUCAGGGAAUGUCGCUUCGUGGAGCUGCGACAGCCUUUAAUGUUCCCGAAUCUACUCUUCGUGACAGAGUUCAUGGAAGAGUCAGUUUAGAAUGCUCUCGACCAGGCCCCCCAACAUUUUUCACCUAUGAAGAGGAAAAGAAGAUGGUGGAUCAUAUCUUAUUCAUGAGUAAAAUCGGUUACCCAUAUACCCGAAAUCAAGUAGUCGAACUGGCUGGAGACAUGACUAAAGCGGUCGGGCGGAUCGCUCCAUUUAAAUACCUUAAUCCAAGUCAGGCCUGGUUUUAUGCUUUUCUUAAUCGAUGGCCAGACCUAAAAAAUUUCUUGUUCGGACCUCGAAGUAAUCGGAAAUCUAAGGGAGUUUCAGGUGAUUCUAUACAAUCCUAUUUUGAACAGCUCGAAAAGGUUCUAAAUAAAUAUGGUAUCAAAGACAAGGCCGAACAUUUUUGGAUUGUUGACGAAGUAAGCAUAAGCUGCGAGAACCAACCCCCACGUAUUCUUCCCAUUAGUAUACAACGAGCUCAAUCUGUUAGCUAUUGGAAUCCGACUGUUGCAAUGCUUGGAGCUGCUAACGGUGUUGGUGAAAAAAUCCCUCCUUUCCUUAUUUAUCGAGGUGAUGGGAUAACAUCAUCUAUGAUGGAAGGAUCCGUACGAGGGACUAAAUUUUCAUAUUCAGCUUCCGGUUGGGUUAAUUCUGAUGCUUUUAUUCAAUGGUUUCUUAAACAUUUCCGUGUAUUAGUAUCUGUUCGACCGCUUAUAUUAUUUUACGACGGUCAUUUACAAUUUGUUAGUGUACGUGUCUUAGAACGCGCUCGUGAAGACGGCGUUUUCCUGUUUCCACUCCCUCCCCAUCCAGCUUAUAAUCAUUGCGUAGAAAAUACAUGUUUCUGGGCAUUUCAGGGUUAUUUCAAAAAACGUUUGGAUCGCUUUUUUGAACAAAAUCCUAACCAACCACUUUUACGUAAUAACGCUUCACCUAUAUUGACUCAUGCUUAUGAAAAAGCUUUACAACCGAAUAAUAUGAUUAGUUUGUUUGAAAGAUUGGGAAUUUGCCCAUUUAACAAUUUAUCCUCAUCAAUUGGCGCCUAUUUGAACAUGCAGACAGAAGAUUAUGAACAAAAUAGUUUGGCUGUAGAAAAUGUGGAUCCAUAUUUAGUUAAUGAAAUGGCGAAUCCUUAUAACCAGUGGUCUAAACUAGGAUGUGCAUCAAACUACCUCAAUUAUGUUAAUCCAAAUGGAGAUUCAAAAGACCAUGCAAUCAAUUCCUCGAAUGAUUCGCAUCAUCCAGUUGCAGCUGUCACUAAACUAGCUACCUAUGUAACUGAUAAUACUGAAAAUCCCUUAACUUCCAAUUCCACUGUGGUGAAUUCCAAACCGACUGCAACUGUUCUUACUUCCCAUGAAAACACAUUUAAAACUCAACAUACUGUUUUAACACAGUUUUCUUCUUCAGGGCGAUCAGUUACUAUACGUUUGCAUGGUCCUGCAGCAAAUGCUAUUCAACCUGUUUCUUUGCAUGAAGAAUUUUCAUUUCAUCAGACCAAAGAUCCUCCGUCAUUUGACGUUUUAGCUAGUUCAGAUGUGGAUAUUUCGCAUGAAGAAGAAGUUGACUGUGAAGUUUCUAAUUCUCAAUUAAUACAAAGUGAAACAUCUGGUCACACUAGUCAGUAUUUACAGGUAUCUGAAACAGAAAGUGGUCAUGGUCCCGUGAACGGUGGAGUUAUUGAAAGUAUUGAUGGAGUGGAAGAUGGUGAAGCACUCGACUUUUGUGUUGUUUGUGGUCAGUUAGAACCUCCAGAGUUAUCUUGUCAACCAAUUUCUGAUCAGGCUAAUGCUGAUGAUUUACAGGUUAUUGAUUGGGCACAUUGUGAUUAUUGUAACCGUUGGGUGCAUCUUAAUGGCUGUUGUAGUGAGGGUGCUGUAAUAGGAAAUAAUUCAUUUAUGUGUGUUGUUUGUCGGAACGAUAGUACAACAACGGUGGGAAGUGUAAGAAAUCUUCAACAAGAAAUAGUGCUGACCAAAACUGACAGUGGGGAGCAAGAACAAUCGAUGGAUGUUAAAGUUUAGAUGUACAAAAAUAUUGUUUUUAUUCUCUUUUUUAUUGUCUUCCAUUGAGGUAAUUGUGUAUCAUGUACAUAGAGACUGAUACAAAAUAUUUUUGUAACGAACCAGGGAAGUUUUUACAUUCCAAGUUGUAUUUUUGUUUAGUUUCAUUGCACAAGUUGCUUAUGUUCUGUUUGUUUUUAUUCUUUACAUGAGAUAAACCUCAUGAAAACCUUUUAUACUAUACUAUAUAACUGACAAAUUAACUGUUGUUUAAAGCUUUCGUGCCCAGUAAACAAUUCGUUUGUAUGUUUGUAGAAAUAUUUUUAUCAUCCUUUGAACACAAAGUUGAGUUUACCCUCUAAUUCACGUAAUAGUUUAUGUUCAUUGUGUAAAUGAUCCUCUUAAUAAUCUACUUCUUAUCCAUUGCCUUUCCCUCCAACUGUGGCUGUGCCAAUUGAAUUUGUAGAUAGAUAAAAUUGUGAUUUUCUUAUUAGAAAAUAUAAUAUAAAGCGCUGACAGUUUAUAAAUAUUUCUUAUUUCUUUCGUUUGAUAUAUUUUAAAAUGCAAAUUGUACUUUACUAUUUCUUUAAAGACCUAUUCAGUUUACAUGGUAAGGAAACGAAGGGGGAAGAUUGGUUCUUGUAUAUUUUACAAGUUUUUAAGUAUAAUAUAUGUAUAUUAGGUUAUUUCCUGAGUAUUAUUAACAAGUGUUUUAAAUAGUAAUGUGUAGAUAAAAUUGGUUCCCUUCGUUGCUGUAUAUUGAAUGUCUACGUUUGUGUACAAUAGGUAUUUGAACUCUAUAAAUAGGCUUCCUUG